CGGAAAAUAAACCACGGCACAUUACUGGAAUCUUGGAGAUUGGUUUCUCUCCCUUUUGCUCUCCAUGGACAACUUACCUGAGAUGUAUUCUAAUAGCAACCUGGCUUCCCCUCCACACUCAGCCUUUCAAGCGCCCAUUAGCUUCGCAGUAAAUCUCCCACACUAGGUAUCCAGCCUUUGCCUUUUUCUUUUUUCUUUUUUUUUUUUCCAGAGGGAGUUUCACUUUUUUUUUUUUUUUGAGACGGAGUCUCACUCUGUCACCCAGGCUGGAGUGCAGUGGUGCGAUCUCGGCUCACUGCAAGCUCUUCCUCCCGGGUUCACGCCAUUCUCCUGCCUCAGCCUCCCGAGUAGCUGGGACUACAGGCGCCUGCCACCACGCCCGGCUAAUUUUUUUUUUGUAUUUUUAGUAGAGACGGGGUUUCACCGUGUUAGCCAGGAUGGUUUCGAUCUCCUGACCUCGUGAUCCGCCCGCCUCGGCCUCCCAAAGUGCUGGGAUUACAGGCGUCAGCCACAGCGCCCGGCCGGGAGUUUCGCUCUUGUUGCCCAGGUUGGAGUGCAAUGGCACAAUCUUGGCUCACCGCGACCUCCGCCCACGGGUUCAGGCGAUUCUCCUGCCUCAGCCUCCUGAGUAGCUGGGAUUACAGCCAUGCGCCACCACGCCCGUCUAAUUUUGUAUUUUUAGUAGAGACGAGGUUUCUCUCCAUAUUGGUCAGGUUGGUCUCGAACUCCCGACCUCAGAUGCUCUGCCCACCUCGGCAUCCCAAAGUGCUGGGAUUACAGGCGUGAGCCACCGCGCCCAAUCAGCCUUUGCCUUUUUCUCCUGUCCACAGAGACCCCGCAAACAAGCGCAUCAGAGGAUCUGAGUGGUGCGAGAGCCUCCUACAGCAACCAGGUACACACAAGGCCUCAGUUUUUCCAUCUGUGAAAUGGGUACGUGGACAGACCUGUCCAGUAGCCUCCCAUGUGAGGAUCCUCGGACUGAGAGGGUACUAGGAGGGCUAAUACAGCGCAGCCCUGUGAUCCCCACCUCCGUCCCUGGAAUGAAGGAAAUCUCGGUGUUAGUUCUCGGUUUGCCGAUGCCUCUUGGGUGGCCUGGCUGAAACUAAUCUCUCCUCAUCAGGCCAGAAGGGAAUCUGUGAAAUGGGCUUUGAAACCUGCCUUGCGGGUCCGAUCGGCACCAAGGCUUCACCCACUCCCAGAACCUUCGGGAUCAGCCCCGCCCCAUCAGCAGGACACAGCCCAUGCCACUGGAAAUCUCGCGAGAAUCCCGCGCUGAAGCGAAGUCGAGACGUUUGACCUUCCUCCGUUUCCGUAGUUCCGAGUUGCGGUUUCUCCGUUAGUGCUUCCGGGUUGCAGCCAGGGAAGCCUCCGCGGUGGUGCAAGUGGAACCCAAGCCUUGAGGUUUCAGCCUGGGCAGCAUGGCCGUAUUCCGGUCGGGUCUCCUGGUGCUGACGACGCCGCUGGCCUCCCUAGCCCCUCGCCUGGCCUCCAUCCUGACCUCGGCGGCCCGGCUGGUGAAUCACACGCUCUAUGUACACCUGCAGCCGGGCAUGAGCCUGGAGGGCCCGGCUCAGCCCCAGUCCAGCCCCGUGCAGGCCACGUUUGAGGUUCUUGAUUUCAUCACGCACCUCUAUGCUGGCGCCGACGUCCACAGGCACUUGGACGUCAGAAUCCUACUGACCAAUAUCCGAACCAAGAGCACCUUUCUCCCUCCCCUGCCCACCUCAGUCCAGAAUCUCGCCCACCCGCCAGAAGUCGUGUUGACAGAUUUCCAGACCCUGGAUGGAAGCCAGUACAACCCGGUCAAACAGCAGCUAGUGCGUUACGCCACCAGCUGUUACAGCUGUUGUCCGCGACUGGCCUCGGUGCUGCUAUACCCCGAUUAUGGGAUAGGAGAAGUGCCCGUGGAGCCCCUGGAUGUCCCCUUACCCUCCACGAUCAGGCCAGCUUCCCCCGUGGCCAGGUCUCCAAAGCAGCCGGUGCGUGGCUACUACCGUGGCGCUGUCGGUGGCACGUUUGACCGCCUGCACAACGCCCACAAGGUGUUGCUCAGUGUCGCGUGCAUCCUGGCCCAGGAGCAGCUUGUGGUGGGAGUAGCAGACAAAGAUCUGUUGAAGAGCAAGUUGCUCCCUGAGCUGCUCCAACCUUAUACAGAACGUGUGGAACAUCUGAGUGAGUUCCUGGUGGACAUCAAGCCCUCCUUGACUUUUGAUGUCAUCCCCCUGCUGGACCCCUAUGGGCCCGCUGGCUCUGACCCCUCCCUGGAGUUCCUGGUGGUCAGCGAGGAGACCUAUCGUGGGGGGAUGGCCAUCAACCGCUUCCGCCUUGAGAAUGACCUGGAGGAACUUGCUUUGUACCAGAUCCAGCUGCUGAAGGACCUCAGACAUACAGAGAAUGAAGAGGACAAAGUGAGCUCCUCCAGCUUCCGCCAGCGAAUGUUGGGGAACCUGCUUCGGCCUCCAUAUGAAAGGCCAGAGCUCCCCACGUGUCUCUAUGUAAUUGGGCUGACUGGCAUCAGUGGCUCUGGGAAGAGCUCAAUAGCUCAGCGACUGAAGGGCCUGGGGGCGUUUGUCAUUGACAGUGACCACCUGGGUCAUUGGGCCUAUGCCCCAGGUGGCCCUGCCUACCAGCCUGUGGUGGAGGCCUUUGGAACAGAUAUUCUCCAUAAAGAUGGCAUCAUCAACAGGAAGGUCCUAGGCAGCCGGGUGUUUGGGAAUAAGAAGCAGCUGAAGAUACUCACGGACAUUAUGUGGCCAAUUAUCGCAAAGCUGGCCCGAGAGGAGAUGGAUCGGGCUGUGGCUGAGGGAAAGCGUGUGUGCGUGAUUGAUGCCGCUGUGCUGCUUGAAGCCGGCUGGCAGAACCUGGUCCAUGAGGUGUGGACUGCUGUCAUCCCUGAGACUGAGGCUGUAAGACGCAUUGUGGAGAGGGAUGGCCUGAGUGAAGCCGCGGCUCAAAGCCGGCUGCAGAGCCAGAUGAGCGGGCAGCAGCUUGUGGAACAGAGCCACGUGGUGCUCAGCACCUUGUGGGAGCCGCAUAUCACCCAACGCCAGGUGGAGAAAGCCUGGGCCCUCCUGCAGAAGCGCAUUCCCAAGACUCAUCAGGCCCUCGACUGAAAAGUUCUCAGUGGGGCCAGACUGGCUCCUGGAGCUGACAAGCGACCCCGUGGUGAGGAGAAAUGGGGGCCUUGAUGCUCACCCUGGUUCAGGCCCAGAGGUCCAAGCUAUGCUGUGCAGGACAUGGCCAGGCCUGGUGGACACAGGAAGCCUACCCAACACGCUGGUAUUUGGCCAACACUGAGGAUGUGGUUCAUGGGGGAGCAGUCCCCUCCCCACUCUUGCCCAUGGGUGACUCUUACCCACAGCUGACUAGGGCCAGCGCAAAUACUGGAACCUGUAACAGAAUUAAAGGUGAAUGUUCCGAGA